CAAUAAAUCAGGACGUGUACGGCGUUGUGUAAUUACAUUUAAUAUAGAUGUGUGUGUGUGUGUAUCAUUAUACACAGUGAUAAGAUUAAACAUGUUAAAAAAACAUACGCAACUUUGAGGCAUUGUUGGUUUCCGUUAUCCAUUAACAUACAUUGAAUGCUGUAUCGUGGGUAUUGAGUUGAAAAUGUGUACACGCGAAGAAGAAAUAGCUAAUGAAAUAAAGGAAGAAUUUUGUAGACGAGUUUUACCGUCAGACAUAAUUAGAUAUCUUACAUGCAUCACCAUCCAAGAUACGGAAAAGGUUCAAGCAGUAGAGAAACAGAAUGGAGCAAUAUCUGCCGCUGAAACCUUAUUAGAGAGGCUUGUUAGACGUCCAGAUUGGCUACAUGACCUUAAAAGAGUGUUGCUGAUUCAAGAUGUUGGCUUAUUGGACUUUGGAGAAAAAUUAGAAGAAAAAUGUCGUCAAUUGAAUGUCACAGUUGGUGCAAUAGGAGAGUGCAUAGAUGGACAUGGAUGUGGAGAAAAAGAAGAACAAACUCCUGUCAAAUCACCAUCAACAGAGGAGCCAACUGAAUCACUGCCCAUCGAUGUGCAACAAGAAUCAAAUGCAGAUCUUCGAGAGCGUGUGAUAUGGAAGUUGUAUGAAAAAUUGUUUGAUUCAGUGAAAACUAAAGAUGAUAUACCCGAGGUAAUGAAUUACGCAGAUACAAUCAUCACAAAAAUAGACAAAAUAAUCCACAAAUGUAUUGUUAUAUCGUUCAGAAUGGAAACAGUAGAGAAAUUAGAUGCUUUCUGGAGUCUAUAUCACUCAGGCGGGCUCGUUUCGGCUUUAACACGAGAUAUUCUUACACCACAGAGGCGCCAACAGAUGAUUAUAGAGGCACACAGUAACAACAUAGAACUGUCAGAUGAAGACUUUCACUUUCAACUUAAUAUCAGAGAAAGUGACUACAUAUUUGCACGGGAUAUUCUGACACACAAAAAUGAACCAUUGGUACCAAGAAAUACCAUGGAAUCUGUCAUUCUUCAUGGGACAGGAGGUUCUUUUCUAACACAACACAACAAAAACACUGCGCUGAGAGAAUAUCAAAGAAUUUUAUCUUUCAGAAUGCUCCAAAUCUUCGAUGAUCCAUUUGUCCGAGAUUCCAUACCCGAGUAUUUGGUACAACUAGCCAAGUUAGGUGCAUUUGAGGCGGUGCAGCUUUUUUAUCAAUCAAUUAUUUACAAGUUAGAAACCGAGGUCAAGCGUGAUUUAGGAAAUCAUAACGUUUAUUAUCUCGCUUACCUUCUUGCCAGCGUUGACAAUAAUGAAUGUCAGUUGAAUUACAAUGGCGACAAUGUAGAUCUACAGAUAGGAGAAAAACAAGUAAGCUUCAAUCAAAAUGAUUGGAAAGCUUGUUUGAACUAUUUGAUGAUAAUUGCAAACAGAAUUAGAUUUAAUAGCACGCUAGUGAUGACUUUCCUUGCGGUUAAGCAUGUUAGUCAAAUUGCUACUGAAAGUAAUCAGAAUGCUGCAUUGUUGAAAUUGUCAAAAAUGGAGAUGUUCCCCCUAAUUGCAGGAGCACAUUUUGAUCCAUACCAAAUAGCAAGCCUUGCUGAAAAUGAAUAUUUAACACAUUCAGCUAUCUUUGAAUACAUGUACUACAAAUUGCUUUCAUGUAACAAUAUAUGUCGUGAAUCGGUAGGAAAUUUGGAUUGUCUUAAUUUUGAGCUGGAAAGGGAAACAGUAUAUCUCCUUAACCGUAUCAUGAGGGAAGGAACCAAAUUCAGAACAUUACUGUACGCACCAGAAAAGGCAAGUAUAGUACCGGAAUCCGACUCAGAGCCAGCCAGAUACGUAUCAGAAAAUACAGGGGGUAAGGUUAUCAAUACAUUUCCAACAAUUACUCUGCAUAGACCAUCCAGCGAUGUAGGUAGUAUGCAAAUAUUCUGGUUUAAUAACAAAAAAAUCAUUGCUAACCGUAUCUGUUUACCUGAGUAUACAGACACUACCAUGUCGUUCAUUUUGGCCAUUGCACAAGGAAUCAACUUGCAUGGUUCAGGAGAAGUAAAAGGUGAAAUAUGUAUAGAUCCAGCAGAAAUCGAAAGAAAAUCAAGAGUUCGAGCAAAGUUAUCACUAACACACGAAAACUUUAGACAAGUGUUUGUUGUCAGCUAUCAUGCAGUCUGUCGUGACGUCAAUGGCAUUCCUGGGUCCAUUCCAUCUAAGGAGGAUUCUGAGGAGAAGUUAUCAAGCAAAUAUUCCCCAAGAAGCACGUCUAAAUCGGUCGGUCCGUUAAAGAUGGAUUUUACUUCUGUUCCAGUGAGGGACGCUGAUAUUGUAUCACUCCAGAAUGCAUUUAUAAAUGGGAUUGACGUUAAUGAACUGAAUCUGUCUGAAACUGGAAUUGAUGUUUUACAAGCUUUUAAGUUAUGUAAAGCUCUAAUGUCAACUAAUAUCACUCAGCUGAUUCUAAAUGACAAUAAGCUUUUUACAAGAAAGAUUGAUCACAACAAAGAAUUGGGUUUAAGGAACCUGACGAGUCUUGAGGUGUUGGAAAUGCGAAACUGCGAGUUAGGAGAUGAAGGUAUGUUGGCAUUGAAAACCGAACUUGCACAGUUGAGGAACCUGAGAAGCAUAGACGUUUCAAAAAAUGAUCUAACUGAUAUAGGGCUUAGAACAUUAUGUCAGUCACUACUGAAUAACACAGGCAUCAGAGCUUUGAGAUUUCAUGAAAACAAUUUUGGUCCUAAUGGUGGAUUGAUUCUCUCAAUGUUAGUUGAAAGUUUGCAUUUCCUUGAAAUCAUCAAUGUCUGUUAUUGUGGAUUAGGGGAUGACGGCACUGAGGAUCUAGCAAAUGCCCUACAAAGCAAACAGUUGAGGAAAAUAAAUUUUCGUUGUAACAAUGUUAGUCAAAAAGGCGCGAUAAAGUUUUUCAGGUUAAUCAAAGAUAACAGUCAUUUGAAUCAUUUCGAAUUCGGUAAAAACGAAGUGGGGAUAGUACAUAGACAGAUAGGAACAGGAGCCGUUGCAGUCCCUGUUGAUGAAUCAGAUGAAGUAAGCGGAGUUUUUGUAGACGUGUUGAAAUCCUGUGCAAAGUCAAUCGAAUAUUUAGGUCUGUGGCAGUGUGGCAUCGGUAACACAAGCAUCUUAGAUAAUUCGAAAGUACUGUCAGGUUUUACUGAGCUCACUGAAAUAAUUUUACAGGCAAAUGAAUUGCAAGACAAGCAUGCAACCGCAAUUGGCCAGUCAAUGUCGUCAUUACCCAGGCUACAGUCUCUAAUGCUACGCUCAAAUAACAUUGGACCAAAAGGUGCAGCCGAUUUAAUCGAUGGGAUUGAGAAAUGUCCAUCUCUACGGACAAUUAUUUUGGAUCGGAACAAAAUCAAUGACUUUGACACUUUGAAAAAAAUGGUAGAAGUUGCUGCGAAAUCUCUUCCAUAUUUACAAAAGCUUGAUGUGUCCUACAAUGUUGAAAUGCUUGUUACUGCUAGAGAAGAUGUCAAGUAUAAAAUGUUAUUGGAAACGACAAGAAGAUGUCUACACGAAGCAGAGGUUGAAGAAGGAGAGAUGCAAACAAGAAUAGAGGGUACAAGUUUGUUGACGCAUGAAGAUCCGAAGAGAAGUAAAACAACAAUUAUUGUGAUAUGAAUGAACACCAUUUACCAAAUAGUCCUAUAGUUUGUGCUUUUUAUAUGAUUGUAUUGUUCGUGGUUUGUCUUCAUACCCAAUUGUGCUGAUUUUAAGUUGUUUAGUACCGUUUAUAUAUCAAUUUAUGAAAUGAUCAAUAAUAGUUUCACCAUUUUUAUAUUUUACACCAAUACAAGAAGAGAAAAGUUA